AUGCAAAUAAUUAUAAAAACUCUGACUGGGAAGGAGAAACCCAUGAACUUUGAGCUCGAUAACAUUGUUAUUCAAGUGAAACAAGCGUUGCAAGAGAAGGAAGGAAUCAGUGUCGAACAGUUUCGCUUAAUUUUUGAAAGACGACAGCUGAAUGACGAAAGUAGGCUAAGCGACUACAAUCUUACUGCUGGUGCUGUAAUUCAUAUGAUUUUACAAUUAAGCAAAUAUAAUUAA